AUGAAGCAAACUGUGACGGUUUUGUGUGUGACGGUCGUACUGUUGCUGCUAGGCAGUGGCGAGGCAAAGCAACUGAUCGAAAGCCAGGAGAGAACCGUCUGGUCUACACCACCGAUUAACGACGUCCCGGUAGUGGGUAUCCUGUCCCAGGAGCUGUCCUAUCUGAUGACCCAGAAUUACGGUGAUGAAGGAUACGACAGUUACAUUGCGGCAUCGUACGUGAAGUUCGUCGAGGGAGCCGGAGCACGCGUCGUUCCGAUUUGGAUUGACCAACCGGCGGAGUAUUACGAGAACAUCAUGGCCAAUUUGAACGGAGUGCUGCUUCCGGGUGGUGCGACUUGGUUUAACCAGAGCAACGGUUACGCAGACGCUGGCCGCCAUAUCUACGACAUUGCGAUGAGACUCAACGAUAACGGCGAGUACUUUCCAGUGUGGGGAACCUGUCUUGGUUUCGAGCUACUCACCUACCUAGCGGCCAAUGGAACGGAACAUCGAGCACACUGCAGUUCAAGCAACCAACCGCUGCCGCUAACCUUCAAGGAUGACUUCCGUAAAAGUCGCUUAUUCGCUAACGCACCAAACGACGUGAUCGACAUCCUGAGCGCGGAACCUGUGACGGCUAACUUUCACCAAUUCUGCGUCACCGAAGCAAACCUAACGGCGUACGGACUCGAUGACGAAUGGCGCGUUAUGUCCGUCGAUCGCGACUGGAACGGCAUGGAGUUUAUCUCCACCAUCGAGCAUAAAGCGUAUCCGUUUUACGGCAUCCAGUUCCACCCGGAGAAGAACAUCUACGAGUGGAUCCCGAACAAGAACAUUUCGCACACGGCCAACGCGAUCCAGGCGGCACAAUUCUUUGCCGAUUUCUUCAUCGACGAGGCGCGCAAAAGUGACCAUCAGUUUGCGAGCGAGGAAGCCCUCGAAAAGCUCGUCAUCUACAACUACCAGCCGACGUUUACGGGGUUAAAGCGAUCGAGCUUCGAACAGUGCUACAUGUUCCGCGAAUCCCACAAGGCAUUGCCGAAAGUGGCGAUGAAAGCGAGAAAGCGCGGUUCGAAGAAGAAAACGUCCCAGCAGGAGUGAUGCGGUUGCUGCAAGUCCUUCCCGAAGCGCCAACAUUGUUGCAGACAAUAGAGAGAGCAGCAUCAUCUCCUGUGGAUGGCGAGAUAGGGACGAAUCGCAAUGAUCGACGCGCCGGCAGAACAAUGCAGAUUCACACGCCGAUACAGGGCGCCUAUCGGUGGUGGGCCGCUGAUUACGCGUAUCUUCAACAACACGAGCAGCACACGAGGACAUGAUAGGAAAUAGGCAUGGAGCGAGAGUUCAGAAGAGCAAUAGAAGAAAUAGAAGCACUCACGUGUGGUUGGCAAAUCAAACGAGCAUAUAUAGGGCGUUUUGUUGUGUAUCUUCGAGCGAACGUGCGGCUUUAUUUAAACUAAAUAAGAUAAGAUUUUGUGACGAACAAAAUCACGAUGGUAGACCAGUUGAAGAAGCUCUCUGCGCCAUUGCACCAGUCAUUAAUCCAUUCCCUGAAAAGCAUAAAGAUCGCUUCCUUUCCCCUGCCAGCCAUCGCAAACGACUCGUGACGGUGAAUUACCCGCGUUCCCGUUCCACAUUGCGACGGGCGACAAAAGAAAACCCAAUCUGGUAGCGAAUCGGGGGACACAUAUGAGUCAGAUUCGAUAGACGGAAUUGGAAUGGUGUUGUUUCAAGCUAUGCAGCAAAGAAAAAAACAACCGAUCGAUCCACACGAUCGUUUUGCAUGAGCAAGAUUUCUAAAAAUCCCCUUCCGGACAUCGGCCGCAAAGGAGACGCGGGACAUUUUGUGUACUUUAACAACCAAUAACAGACAUUUCCUAUGUGUCCCCCUUCUUCCCUCUUUUCCUUUCCUUUCCUUUCUGUGAUUCCCCGCCAGACGGCAUGAAUAUGUUUUUUUUUGCCCCUUCUUCUCGCUAUCUUGCUUUCAUUUUUGCGUUCUCCGUCUUCUCGUGGCGCGGAUUCCCGCUCACUUAUCUCCACCACGUGCUGCGUCGUCCUCUUCCAGGCGGCGAACGUUCGCGAUCAGUUCGUCUAGGUUAAUGUCGUCCGGGAUGUUUGGGAGCGUUUCCUAAGCUUAGGGAUAAGCAGGGCCAUGAAGUGUUAUGAAAUUGUAAAAGCGAAAGUAUGUUAAUAUCGAUCGGCGUACACGAUUUAGGGCAGAGAGACUACACGCGAUUUACUUACAUGCCUGCUUUUAACGACCUCGAGGUUCUUCUCCAGCGUAGCUUUCUUCUUUUCGAACUCCUCGGUCGGUGUGGUCAGUUCCUGCGUUUGCUCGAGAAAGCUCUCCAGGCGGGCCACUUCCGCCGUCUCGGUAGUGCAUCGUAGCUUGAGCGAUUCGAUGUCUAGGUUUAGCGUUAUU